AUGGAUUACUUACGCGCUAUCUCUUCGUAUGGCCUCGGCCUGUGGGACCAAGGCAGACUAUCUUCAGUCGCCGCCCUCGGGGUGCCUUUAGGCGUACUUUUUCACCUUACCAUCGCGCAGAUGGGAGACGUGGAAAGCUUUAUGUAUACUCUUAUUGCUGCUAUGCUGUUUCUCAUGUUCGGCAUCGUUUCCAUCUCCAUGCUUCUAGGGUCUUCCUUUCUAGGUGCCUCAGCUGGAUUAUGCGUUUUAGCAAGGACUUUCAACGCAGGCCUCUUUUCGAGCAUGGUUAUCUACAGAUUAUUCUUUCAUCGACUGAGAAAGUUUCCCGGGCCCUUCGACCUCAAGAUCUCCCGCUUCUUCUCCGUGCUCAGGGUUGCUAAAGAAGUCAAGUACCAUAAUGACGUUGCCAAGAUGCACGAGAAGUAUGGCGACUUCAUUCGUACAGGACCGCGAGAGCUUUGCAUCGUUCGAGACUCGGCAAUCCCAAUUAUAUAUGGUCCGAAUACAAACUGUCACAAGCCAGUUGCGUACAUGGGUGCCAGCGCCGAUUCCAAAAAGGCAUCCCUCCACAGCUCGCAAGACCCCAACGACCAUAAGAGAAGACACAGGGCUUGGGAUAAAGGAUUCUCGAUCAAAGCAUUGCAAACGUACGAGCCUCGGAUUAGAACAUUAGUUACCAAACUUGUCCGUCAGAUUUCGCAUAAAAAAGUAUUAGAUGCGACAGCCUGGUCGAUGUAUCUCAAUUUCGACAUCAUGGGCGAGGUCGGAUUCGGGAAAGACUUCGGUUGCGUCUCUAGCGGGACAAACCAUCCCGCGAUUCAGAGCCUUCGCGACCAUAUGCACAUCGUAGGCGUCUUGAGCUAUAUCCCCUGGUUGCUGAAUAUUUUCGGGCAUAUCCCAGGCGCGUCAAAAGCAUAUCGCCCCUUUUUAGUUUACUGCCAAUCGCAAGUCGAAGAGAAACGGGAGGAUAUUGAUCUUGAGAAAUAUCCUCAAGAUAUCAUGACGUGGCUACUAAAAGCUGUCAUCGAAAAAGACAUUUCUGCUUCGCCGACAGAAAAGUCGCUUUCCGAAGACGCCAGAACGCUUAUAGUUGCGGGAAGCGAGACGAGCGCCACGGUCCUAGCGAGUGCUCUAUUCUACUUGGCCAAGUUUCCUCGCGUCUUGAAGAAGCUACAAGCUCAGAUCGACGACAUCAUACCGACCCCGGCGGACUGGACGUACGAGAAGGCGAAAGCAAUCGCGUACUUGGACAACGUCAUCGACGAGACCCAGCGUCUAAAGCCCGCUUUGCUUACCGGAGGAUACCGACGGACGCCGCCGGAGGGCAUCCAAAUCGACGAGCAGUUCAUUCCAGGAAACGUAUCCGUCAUCGUGCCCAUACAGCUAAUCCAGACGCAUCCGCGCUACUGGAAACAGAGCAUGGACUUUAUACCAGAACGAUUCGGAGAGCGGAGUGCCGAGAUGGGAACCAGCGAAGCUCCAUAUAUGCCUUUUAGCCAGGGGACAUACGGCUGCCCUGGUAAGAAUCUGGCCUUGAUGACCUUGCGGAUCGCCAUCUCCAGUCUUGCGCAGCACUUCGAUAUCACCUUUGCGGCUGACGAGACGGGAGAAAUUUUUGAUAAAGAGGCGAAAGAUGUAUUUACUACUUCCCUAGAACCUUUGAACCUGCAGUUCUCACCUAGAAAGUGA